AUGGAAGUGGACGCCAGUCAGGAUGUUCUGGCAACUCUUAGACACCAUAUAGGUGGCUUUCAAUCUACUUGGGAACCUUGGAGUCGGACUUUUAGAUGUGAGAAAGUAAACUUUGAACCGGUGGUGUUGCCCUCAAUCCUAGCGUCUGGAAGUAGCGUUGGAUCUCGUGCAUUGCCAUCUUUGCGAGAAGAGUGCGCGGAUUUUGCACAGUUGGGUUCUACUUCCUUUUGUAUUGCUUCGAUCGAAACCACCAAUGGCAUUGAGUUUCUUUUCGGCCGUUUAUUCAAAGUGUUGCGGCGAGUGUCUGUAGCACCUAACAUUAGCGCUAUGGAAGAAUUCAUGCAGGUGCUUGGAAUGGUUGAAUUUGUUGGUAUGAAGUACGAACUGGAUGAUGUGACAGCAAAUGAUUAUCAUUCGAAGUACACAAAUUUUCUCGCCAGAGUAGGUCGCCUACAGGAUUCAUUGGCUGGUAUCUCGCUGAACGGCUGUUCUCAGAAUAUAACUUUUCAUGCUGCAUUGUUUGCCUGGCAUGUGGCAUGUAAACUGCUUAAUAGAAAACCUGAAUCUCCUGAUCACAAUCGCAUUUUGUCAGGCGAUGAGGCCUUAGCUCUGAUGUUGGAUGGUCUCGCUGUUCUGAGACGACAUAGUGAUUCAUCUGUACCGUGUUCUUGUGUGCAGUCGGUGCUUGUGGAUCUCUACUGUAAUUACUCUAGCCAGAUAUUGCGGUUAUGCUUUCAAGUAAUGCAAUGUUUGAUGAAUAAAGAAAGUACAUUUCCUCAGACUCAGAAAUUUGGAACAUUGUCUGCAACAGCAGCUGAAUUCUUUCAGUUUUUUGCAGAAAUGGUUUCUCAUUUCAUAGAUAUCCGACUAAUACAACCGGAAGAGAUCAUGUCCCGAUUUGUUCUUUUGGUUGGAAUUGGUGAACUGCUUUGUGACAAGGAACCUCUUCCCACUUUUAAAGUACUCUUCUCGUUUAUGAAAAAGUAUCAACUGAAGGGCCUAGCAAAAAUUCGGAAGUCCGCUUCGAAGUUUGUCUUGAAGAUUCUGCAGGUACUUGAAGGUGUGGAAAUUGCCGAGUUGGAUGAACUGAGUCGAGGAGAUCCUUCACGAUGGGCUAAAAAUGUCAAGUCUUCCUUCGUUUCGUGUGUUGAUGAAGAAGUAUUGUUAAUCCAGUUUCUACUUCAACUUCUUUCGGACGAUGAACUAUGCUCUUGCCGUGGGAUUCUCACAAACAGAUACUCGAAUGCUAAAUUCUUGUUGAACGGAUGUGUGCUGUCAUCAGUUUUGUCUCUUCUUCUUGCAGUCUUUUUUAGUAUUAACGAUAGAAAAGUUCUGGCUGGAAGGCUUUGCGAGUGGAUCGCUGGAAGCAUUCAGUUUGCAGAUGAAACGCAGUGCGAAGUACUAUUCAAUGCUUUGGAGGUCCUUGGAUCUAUCACUUCCGAAUUGAAAGAGAAAGAAGUUGACAUUCCGAAUUUUAUGGCUACCUGCUUGAAUGCAUUACCUCUUCCGGAGAGAAGUAUGGUCUUUGGUAGAAGGUGUUCAGUUAUGGCAAGAACACAUCCAAAACACUUCCCAUCAGUAGACAUCGACCGCUUCGUUUCUGCUGCAUCUAGUGAAGAGUUGGUUCGGCUUCUACGACUUCUCUCAGAUGUUGAUGUGGAGAUUUCCGGUUCAAUAUGGGAUAGAGCGUUAGAUCUUCUAGUUGCAUCCAACGCAGCUGAUCCAUACCUUCGUUCGUUCGUUAUAAACCAGUUGGUAGUUGGAAUGCGGAACAAAUCAUCUCAGUCUUUGUUACGAUUCAAGACAUGCACAGGAAGGUUAAAUUGUGUACAACCCGAUGUCAACUUCCUUUUCACCUUUUGUAACGGUUUGUUAUCGCGACUUGAGGGUCAACAUCUGCCUACCAUCUCUCAACUUCUGCCAAUUUGGAUAUACGCAGUACUGGCGUAUUCCAAAUCUAGAGAAUUGGACACGAAAGGAUUCACAUCUAUGAUUUGGGAUCAUAUUUCUUGGUUAUUACGAAAGUUAGAUACUGAUACGUCUUUGGAGCUGUCCCCGGGCAAUUCUGAAGCUUUCCUUAUACGAUUUUUCACGAUAUUGGGCAACAACUUGUCAUCUGAUUGUGUUCGUAAAAUCAUUGCGGACGCCGUGCCAUUUCAGUUGGCCAGUCAAAUGGCGACACUUCUAAAGAAGGAAGAAAGAGACAUGCAGGAACGAGUAAUCCGCGUGUGCUGUGAAAUUCUUCAUCAAAUUGGUCCGACUUUGUUAGCUAUUGCGGAGGAAGAGGCACCUCGUACGGGACUGAAUCGCACAGCUUUCGUAGUUCUAACCCAGGCUCUUGUAUCAACAAUGGUGAGAAGUACUGUAAGCAACGACUUCUUGUUACAAUUCGUCCCAGUAUGUGUCUCAGCUCUUGCAAGACUGCCGUACAGGAUGUUUAUAAAUUCGCGUAUAAAAGACCUGCUACUUAAAUUCGGAAAUGAUUCAGCAUUCUUGCACCGAAUCGUGCAAGAAUUGUCUUGCCCAGAGUGUUCGGUUCAUUACAGCCAGUUGAAAAAUGAUUCCGAUGAACGUAUAAAAAGGCUUUUGAAGAUGGCAGAGUUACCGAAACCGAAAAGGGCUAGGACGACCGGAAUUUCGCCAUUCUACAAGAACACCAUCAUUGACGUGAAGAGGCGGGUCCGACAGGGUGAUACAAUUUCACCCAAAAUAUUCACAGCCAUCCUCGAGAACGCAAUGCGAAAGUUGGAAUGGGACGACAUGGUAGUGAAGCAUCAGCUAAGCGGAACGAAUGCUGACCGAAUUCGACGAAACAUGUGGAUGCAUCGGUCUUCAGCUGAAUCUGCAAAAAAAAAGAUGUUCAUGCGGAACGGAUGGAUCUCGGAUGCCCCAUUCACGCUCAACGGAACGAACAUAUCCGAAUGCACCAGCUAUGUUUAUCUCAGUCGAGAAUUGAACAUGAUGAACGACCUGACCCCCGAGCUGGGCAGGAGGAGAAGAGCGGCUUGUGGAGCGUACAAGAGCAUCGAGGAUGUAGUGAAGAAGACCAGGAACACCCGGCUCCGUGCUCACCUCUUCAACACCACCGUACUUCCUGCUUUGACAUAUGCUUCGGAAACCUGGGCAUUUCGCAAGCAGGAAGAAAACGCGGUGAGCGUCAUUGAACGCGCAAUUGAGAGAAUGAUGCUAGGAGUAUCCCGUUUCGCGCAAGUGAGGGACGGGAUUCGAAGUUCUCUCCUACGUCAGCGAUCGAAGAUUAGAGACGCCGCCGCGUUCGCCAAGGAAAGUAAAAUAAGCGCACUACCGCCGACCCGAUGGUCAGAUUUCUUCACGAAGUCCUUCAAAGAAAAAUAUGAUGCUCUUCGUGUCCCACGUGAAAGGAGGAACCACUGGGCUACUCUGGCACGCGAUCGGGACAAAGAAUUAUUGGCGCCCGCUCGAGCAGUUCGAAGAUCAACGGGAGUCAAGGUGAUCAAGGUGAUCAAGGAUGAGAUUAAAGAUCUGAUGAUGCAAGCCAGGAAAGUCUGA